CAAAACUGUAAUGGCAUGAAAACUGACAGAUCAAAGGUUUAUGGAUAGAUUUAUGAAUUAUUACAGGUCUAGAAUAAAAAUGGUUUUCUGCUAGUAUUGGCUCAGGGGCCAUGUAUAACUUAAUAGCAUCAGCUAGUAACUUAAUAGCUACGAUCUGAGUGUCAUUAAAAAUUCACAUGGUUCAUUACAGUAUAUAAUGAAUCCUUGGCUGAUUAAAAAUUAAUUUUUGUCUCGUCUAAGAGAUAAAAGACAUUUACGAGAUAGUUAGUGGGACAAAUUAAUUUAGAAUCUAAAUUCUCAUUGUAUGAAACGAACAAUUCCUUGUUGUAUUCCUCCCCCAUACAUGAGGUUGGCGAUAGUUAAUCCGAAACUCUGCCAAAUUAGUAGCGUUAACCGGUAAUCGUUCGGAUAUUUUAUAUAUACAAAUGCGAGACAAAUUUAAUGAAUGAAAAAAAUUAAGUGUAGACUUACUUGCAUUAUAGCAACGUGGUUUCAAAACCGUUAGCUUCAGAAAAGACCAAAUAAAGCGGUUUCAAUUUCUUUCUCGGGACUCUAUCAGAAGAGGGAGAUAACUCUAAUGACUUCCGUUAAUCACUUUCAAAUCACUUCAUAACAGACACUUGCAAUCUCACUUUCCUAUCUUUGUCUGUUUAUUUAUACAUCUGACAUCCUCUUGUGUCAUGAAUUGAAAACGAGAGGCUGUAUUAUUCCAUUUAACCUAAAAUAACGGAUAAUAAGAUUUCUGAACUAGAAGUGAAAGUAGUUAAAAUAUGGCUGUUUGUAAGUAUUUUCUGCAAGGAAAUUGCCGUUAUGGUAAUAAAUGCUGGUUCGAUCAUACAAGAGGCGGCAGCGGUAAUAAUAACAGUCAAAGGCAGCUUAAUUUUGAUAAUUAUGAAAGCAGAGAAGCCAGAGGAAAUGUUUUCCAAUCCAAUAAUCGCCAGCAACAGAACAAAUUCAAAUGGGUUGCACCACACUUGUCAACUGGUCCCGAGCCUGCGCCCCAGCUGCAGCAACAGUCACCACAAGAGAUUAUUUCAACUUUGUCUCGAGAAAUUACAAAUUGGGAAGCUAGCAAAAUGUGGCUGUUAUCAUGUAUUAGUUUUGGCAAGUCAGGACCUUCCAUUCCAGGUAUGGUCGACAUGUCCCCCGAUGAGUUACGGUGUGAAGCUUAUAACGCAUUGAAGAGUGAACGAUUUCAAGAUUAUGUAAGUCAAAAGGUUUCAUUU